UUCUCCCUUGACCUGAAUGGUCCUGAUGCCACCCUGUCCCUGCGUGCAUGGGGGGCCGACCCCCUGGGUGAGUCAGUUGGGUGUGUGUUCAGGGGGGAGGGCGUGGAGUCUAUCCUGGACAGUGGUUGGCACAAACUGGCCCUCAGCGUCCAGCAGAGGGCAGCCUCUCUACAUGUAGACUGCAGCUCCAUCCAGACCAAGCCCCUGGAGCCCCGCGGCGAGCUAUCGACCAAGGGACACACCCUACUGGGCAUUAGGAUGGACAUUCAGCAGGUGAUGGUGUAUUGUGACGCCUCCCUGGCCAUUCAGGAGUCCUGCUGUGAGAUACCUGGUGCUAGGUGCCCCCCUGACGCCCCCAAGAGUCGUCGCGCUGCCGAGAAUGACCUAGAGCAGCCGGUCCUUGCCUUUAACCAGGAAAUCCUUGGAUCCCAGGGUCUGGCAGAAAAGUGUGCUGGUUGUGUUCUUCUCAACGAUGACCUAAAUCUGGCCUCAGUUGGACACACUGGACAGCACAGAAUGAAGGGAGAGAAGGGAGAUCGGGGUUCAGACUGCAGUGAAUCUGGUAACAAGGUAAGUGUCUUGUCCAAGUGA